GUGAGGAAGGGAGAAGGAAGGAGAUGGCCGACUAGGAGGCAACCUUACCUCUGCUACUUCGUCGGCGAUAUUCACUUUACUUAACACAUCGCAGCUGAAGUUGGGGAAGAGGACCUUGUAAAGAUUUCGUUCCUCUUCCACAAUGGCAGAACAAAACAGUAACGUCAGAUAUCAGGAGCUGGUGAAUGAGGAGGAGCCAGCCCAGCCAUCCCAGGAUGGACCUGCCCAGGACGCACCACCACCCUACAGCAGCAGUGCUGCAGAGAAUGCAGCUUUCUUUGAAUACAAGGAAGAUGGAGGAAGAUUUCCCAACCCUCCGUCUUACAGCGUUGCCACCACCCUGCCCUCCUAUGACGAAGCUGAGAGAAGCAAAGCAGAGGCCGCCAUCCCUCUGGUCACCGGAAGAGUCACGGAGGACGACUUUGUGGCCAGAGAUGACUUUGAAGAUGCUGAUCAGCUGCGAAUAGGAAAUGACGGCAUCUUCAUGCUCACUUUCUUCAUGGCAUUCCUCUUCAACUGGAUCGGCUUCUUCCUGUCGUUCUGUUUGACCACAUCAGCCGCCGGUCGAUACGGGGCCAUCUCCGGCUUCGGCCUGUCCCUCAUCAAAUGGGUGCUCAUUGUCAGGUUUUCUACCUACUUCCCUGGUUACUUUGAUGGGCAGUACUGGUUGUGGUGGGUGUUCCUGGCCCUGGGCUUCAUGCUCUUCAUCAGAGGCUUUGUUAACUACUCCAGAGUGCGCAAAUUGGCCGACCCCACCUAUGCCACUCUUCCCCGAACAAGGGUACUCUUCAUCUAUUAGAGGACGGCGGAUGUGGAAGAACUGGAUGUGACCAAGACAAGCAGUGACUCUGUGAAGAAUUUCAAAUUAAACUGAAGACACCUAACCUGAAAUCAGCCAGACGAGCUAUAGAUGAAGACAGCGCUCAGUAAAAUAUUCAGGAAUUAUAUCACUUGUUUUAUUUUGUUUUGAAACUUUAUUAACGAAACAAAAAAAAAAAGAUUUAACAGUAAUAGUCCCUCAGUGUAGUCAUUAGUGGCGAAUGUUAAGUGCUAUUUACAUCUCAGUCCGUAAUGUAUAAGUAAUGCCUUAUAUCAUUUGAUGGCAGCGUACAAGCAUGCAUCUAUCUGCCCUUAAGGUCAAUAAAUAGGGAGAGUUUCAUGUUGGUGACACUUGAAGCCAACAGGUAUUCAUUGAUACAGCACUCUGUAGACUUGCCAUAGCAUGUAACACACUUUGUAAUCUGCUCUAAUCUCACUUCAUGGUUUUAUUGUGACUAUUAUAGGCUGUUUUUAGAUACCACGUACACUUAAAAAGCGAGCUUUCAUUAGGCUGUAAACGCAUUAAAACAUAUUUCACUCACCUGUUGGCUUUAAGUAGUGUUGCCCCCUUUUUUAUUUUAUUUUAUUUUAAUUUUAUUUUAUUUUUUUGCCAGAAGGGGUCAGUGUUGUUUUCUGCUUUCAAGACAUUAGAAAGGGUUCGUCAUGGGCUUUGUCAUAAUUAAACAUACAUGCUUGUGAUUCAGAUGCAGUGUCAGUGGAAAUGACAUCCAUGUGUCAGAAGUUAUGAUUUUGCCUAUAAAUGUUUAGUUUUGCAUUAAAUCAGGUAAAAGUAUCCACCUUGGAGAAAGAGUUGAAGUCACAGAUAUGAUCUUAGAUGAUGCGGCAAUUUUUUUAAAUGAAGAGUUGCUACUAAAAACCAGAUGGCAACAAAUGUCAAGUGACAACUCGGCUGACAGUGAGGAGGACGCAGAAGUUUUGGCCUGUGACAGCAACCAAGAUGAUUUUUUUUUUUCCUGGUCCAUGUCCUUAAAAAGCUAAUUUAGAUGUAACAGCGUCUCCUUUCCACAACUCUCUCAGUGAAUCAUCACAUUCUCUGUCAAAGGAAAAGCUCUGUGAUUAGAGAAGAGAGUCUUUAGCCGUCUGGAUUUCAUCUGCCAGCGAUCUGCUCGCCGAAACAUUUGGAUCACAUUAUCUAAGAGCAUAAAAAUAACUCAAAUUCCUUUUUCCAAGUGGAUUUUUUUUGCCUUAAGAUUUAAUUGACAGAUGGGGAAAGAAAAUGUUUUUUUUUCUUUUUUCUUUUCCUCAUGAGGUGUAAAAUGUUAGCUGUCUCGUGAGUAUUAAACUAUAUCAAAGAAUGUUGUAUGCAGGUGCACUUUCAGAAAAACAUAACUGAUAAACCCAGAGGACGUUCCCAUCAAGUCGCAGACAUGUAGAACAAGAAAUGAACAAUGUAGCGGUGCAGGAUUAAGUUUUUGUUUUUAUUAUCUGGAGGAAAACAGCAUGUCAGGAUAAUACUCUUUAUUUUUCAUGAUUUAAUCACCGUUGUUGUCAACAGAAGGAGUUAAUAUGGAUUUAAGUCUGGUACAGCAAACUGAACUGUUUGCCUUAAAACAGUUAACUUCAUCCUUCUGCCGUGGCUUUGAUACAGACCCAUUUCUGCUUAUUUCUAUGUGAUGUAGAGCUGCAACCUUGGGGUUUUGUUGUUAUGAAACUGUACAGAAGACGGUAAAUGUUAAAUAAAUGUCACUUUUAACGCGUCAA